UCUACUAUACCUCGAUCUGCUAAUCAAUAUGGGCAGAAUUUAGAUGCACCUUAUUUUGUAACAAAAGCGGAUCUAUUAAACAUACAUGUACAGAAAAGUACUGAUAGUUGAACUACCCAUGUUUAUUGAUCAGCUGAAAGGAGGCUAUACAUUUUGUGUAUUUAUAUUUUUAUAAUAAAACAGAUUGUGAAUUAUCUGGAGAAAGGACACUUGUACCAUACGUAAAGGGAGUAAAAUGGUUUGGUGUGAGGAAGAUAAAAUGAUGAGAUACAGGGACGGAUUGGGAAAGCCUCCAGGCGAUGAAGCAGGAACUCCAAGAGAAUAUCGCGGACAAACGUUUGUGAUAGCAGCACGAUGUUUCCUUGUGUUCGUUUCCCUAACAGCGAUGUUUAAUUACGACCGCCUCCAAUUCUGCAUCAACUCGAGUUACUCAUAUUUACUCUCAACCUACCUCUUUAAUUCUGUAUACUUUGAAACACUCUUUACUACCUUUUGUUACACUAUUAUUAUGAUAUACCCGUGGCUGGUCAACAAGUUCCGAUGUCUGGACAGUUAUAAAAUCAUCCCGAACGUGAAAUAUCAAGACGUUUCUGUUGUAGAGAUACUGAAGAUGCUCCUGAUCUAUAUGACCCCAUUAAUGCUGCUGGACACUUUUAUGGUUAAAAAAUACCAUGGGGUAGAUCCAUCCGUCUGGAUAGACAAGAGAAGUACGUUCAUACAGUCGACACGGGCACUGCCAGCUCUGCCUCCGUCGGCCGUGUCAAUAGUCAUCCAACUUGCAGCGAGCUUCAUUUUCUACGACGCCCUAUUUUUUACCAUUCAUUUUACGCUCCAUAAAAACUUCUUUUUGUACAAGUACAUUCAUAAACAACACCAUGAGCAUGGUGUAGUGCAUAGUCAUAUCACAAAUAAAUUAACAAUCAUUGAGAGAAUAACUUUGGUGCUGACUGCAAAUUUUGCGCUGAAAGUAUUCGAUAGCCAUCCAUUCACAAGGAUGAUUUUCAUCCCAAUUUUUGUAGGAAUUCUUAUAGAUAACCAUGCCGGAUACGACAUGCCUUUCGGAUUACAUCGGCUUGUUCCGUUCGGUCUGGUCGGUGGCUCAGUGAAACAUUUUGCACAUCAUCAAAAUGGGAAUGGAAAUUACCAGCCUAUAUUUACAUAUUUGGAUAGACUUCUUAAAUUGUACAAUUACCAACGACUCUGAUAUGCAACCUUAAUCCACGCGCGGUGUAACGCUCGCAUGUAUUAAGUUUUUGUUUUGAAGCACGACUGUUACUUUAAUCAUAAAUAAACGGUUGCAACAACUUACCAUAAAAAUUAGUCCAAUAACGCACUCUCUCUUUCAAAAUUACUUGGUGCCCUUCGCGGACGAGUGGUUAAGGUCACUGACUUCGAAUCAUUAGCCCCUAACUGAUGCGGAUUGGAAACAUCCCUUAGUGUGGAGAAUUCUUUCAUAUGAGGAAACCAUCCAGUUUACUUGCUGAUGAAACCUUGAAGCUUAUUUGAAGCUUCCUGGAAGACCAGUACUGGUGUCAAAUGAGAAGGCAUGGUCGUGACCGGGGCACUGGAACCCGUGACCCGAUCUAGGUUGAGCAGCCGACAUCUUAACCGCUAACCACCGCUAUCUCAAGUUUUAUUGCAUUUCAACUAAAUGAAUAUUGGACAUCUAUAAAUGAAAUAGCAUUCAUAUCAAUGUCGAUUAUAUGACUUUCAAUUGCCAAACAAUAAAAAUGCAUAAAUACG